AUGUUUGCGUUAUUUGUGAUACUAUUAUUUUUAAGUGCAAACACUUCUGCUGAAAGAAAGGACGUAAAUCAAAAUCCAAUUGAUCAAGGAUGUGGUGAGCACGGGGAUUGUGUUAAUAACGAUAUUUGCGAAAAUAGAUGUGGUUGUCAUAGUUCGGAAGCAGUCCUAUUUUACAAUGAAACGUUAGAUGAGUGUGUUGUAAAUGUAAAGAAACUAUUAAUGUCACUAACGGAAAAACAUAAUACACAGGACAAUAUUCGACAAAAAGUAGACAAAAUUUUCCAAGGCAUAUUAUUUUCUGCUAUAUUAUUUGUGACUUGUGCUACAACAUGCAUGCUUACAGCGUGCGUAUAUUGUUGUCGCAUUAAUUACAUGGAUACGCGCCUCAAAAAUGAUGUAGAGGCUUUAGCUAAUAAAUUAAAUAGGGAUCUUCGUUUUCGGAAAACAAUAAAAAAACCGACACAGCCGGGUGAAGAAAAUUGCAACAUUAUUGUACCAGGAACUGAUGUUUUUGUUGUU